AGGAGUGCCAUUCGUGUGGGUCUUUCUUGAGGGGUCCUUAACAUUCAUAUUCAACCCCACGUUUUUCUUUCCUUCCAUUUUCCAUACCCCCUUUCUCUUCUCUCCAUCCCUCUACUUAAAACCUCAUUCCCCUUCUUCCCUUUUCCACUCAUCUCAUCUCACACAACUUACUACUACCCUCUCCUAAUUCUUAACUACAUAAUUUUCCCUCCCUCAUAAUACACUAAACACACACUUCAUCUCAUUAUCAUUACUAACUACACCCCCUCUCUCUAAACAUUCAAACACCAACACAAAAUCAAACAAAAAACAACAAUGGUUGAUGCUAAUACUUCAUCCUUUUCAUCUUCACCUUCAUCAUCAUCACCACCACAAUCAUUGACAUGUUCUAGUGAAGAAGAAAAAAAAGGAAAAAAAAGAGAAAGAGAAAACAACAACAAUAACACUAAGCAUCCAGUUUAUAGAGGAGUUAGAAUGCGAAGUUGGGGAAAAUGGGUAUCCGAAAUCCGAGAACCUCGGAAAAAAAACCGAAUCUGGCUUGGAACAUUCGCAACAGCCGAAAUGGCAGCGCGUGCACAUGACGCAGCUGCACUAACAAUUAAAGGAACAUCAGCAAUCCUUAACUUCCCCGAACUAUCAGCUUCACUUCCUCGACCAGUUUCCAGCUCACCAAGAGAUGUUCAAGCAGCCGCGGCUAAAGCCGCUUCCAUGGUUGCUCCUCCACAGUCACCAGCACCAUCGUCUUCGUCUUCAUCUUCGUCUUCGUCUUCGUCUUCGUCUUCAUCUUCAUCGACGCCUGAAGAUCUCGGGGAGAUUGUUGAGUUGCCAACACUUGGACCCGACCCAGAUAGUGAGUUUGUGUUUUUUGACCCGAUUGAUUAUUCUCAUUUGUGGUAUCAAAGCAUUUAUGAUGAUAAUGAAGACAAUAGUUACUUGAAUAUGAUAUCAAUGCAUGACCCAGAAAACACGCUACUUUCAUUGUGGUCUUGAAACUACUGUUCAGAAUGUUACCUACCUUUUUUUUUUCUUUCUAGUGUGUGAUUUCUUUUCUUUUUUCUUUUCUUUUAUUUUAUUUUAUUUUUUAUUUGAAUUAUUGCAUAUAUAGUAGUUUUGUUAUUUAACCUUUAAAUGGGGUCCUUUGGCAAUUUUUCUUUCAAGGGGGCUAAUAUAUAUUUUAUUAUAUAUAUGUGUAAUUUUUAGUACAUUUA